UGAAAAUACGUCAGUGUCGGCUGCAACGACCGAAUGACAAUGGCGCGAUCCACUCACUUUCGAGAAGGCGAGGUGGAAGAUUUGUUGAUCUGUUGCUCCUCUCACUUCUACUUCAGUAUCCCACAAUUCCGCUUUCCCGAAGAUGACUCGUCGCGUGGAGAUAUCGUUUGUGGCCCUUUUGGCCUUGGUACAAUCGACAGUGGCUUUUGUUUCCAGUCCAUUGACUCGAGUGCACAAAUUCGAAAGCAGCAGUUCUCUGUUUGCCGAAGAUGUGGAAAAAGCUGCUCCUCUCGUCAAUGGAGAGCAAUUGGAAUUGAUGCUUACCGAGCUCGAACAGCCUCUCGUCAUUGAUGCCUAUGCAACAUGGUGUGGGCCAUGCCUGAUCAUGGCCCCCGAGUUUGAAGAAGCGGCGAAGGAGCUCAAGGGGAAGGUUUCCUUGGUCAAGUUGGACACCGAUCAGGAUGAAAACAUGGCCGCAAGAUUAAACAUUAUGGGACUGCCCACUUUGCUGUUCCUUGACAAGUACGAACCCAAAGAAGGUGAAGAAAACCAACAAGCCAAAGCUGUCCUCAAGGGUAGAAUUGAAGGUGCCUUGCGCAAAGAGAACAUUAAGGACUUGUGUGAACACUACUUUUUUGGCGGCCCUGCUCCUGAAUUAUUCUAGAAUUUGGUCGAUUCGAUGCGCCUCUCAACAACAAUCCACAUGCGUUUUGGAGAGCCACUGGGUUUGAAACCUUUGAGACUGCAGACCAGCAACAAUCCUUGGCAAUUCUCUGAUAGCUAUUAAUCACAUCAACCUUGUAAAUAACCAAUCUCGUUGAAAGCUCCCCUGGUCGAAUGCACGGUCUGCACACAAAACAAGUCUUAUCCAACGAAAGUAGCAAACCAGAGGCACCAACAAUGCUCAUAGUCCCAAGGCACUGGAGUGGCAGGCAGUUCUCUUCAUGUAGCAAGUCACGCAUGCUGAAUAACUGGAAAUCACUAUAUCGGUAGUAGAAUAGUUGGCGAAGGAAAGGUGGAAUUCGUUUUCCUUCAUGCUUUACAUGCGUGAUGAAGCCGACCAAACAAGUUCAAGGCAUUUUGGUUGCCCUCUGCUAGCUAGAGUUUUUUAAUCCAA